AUGGAGGAACCAGCGGCCUUUCUUGAGCCCCUCAAGACUCUCCACGAGACACGAUCCGAGGUUGAGUUCGUGCGAGCAUUCGUGGUGGAGAUUCCAGCCAAAUUGACCAGCAAAGCACUGAGGCAAGUCUCCUGUCAGCGCCACCAGCAUACGACUAAUGCAAUCUGUAGCUUAGUCAAGCCUAUCAUUCCAAGCGGUGGCAAGCAUCCCUCCUUCAGUCACUUCCGACGAGUGUGCACACUUUCCCACCUACCAGAAGAUCUGACAUGGCGUCGUGACUACGACUCAAGAGGGCUACAAACCUGUUUCCUCCUUGUUCCGAACACCAUAGUUCCAUGGGAGAAGAUCCGUGACCAUUUCUUACCUCAUAUCGAAGAAGAAGGUCUCCCUCGCUGUUUCGACGCCGUGGUGCCACGAUACGGACCGCUCAAUGUUGAACAAGCCGCCUUGUGGUCUGAACGAUACUGGCCGACAAUCUAUAAUCCUGCCGCACAAGUUCUCCAGGAUGCUCCGCCGCUGCAGCACCUCAAGCGUGUGAGGACCCAACUUGAAGUACCAGCGGCAGACAAAUACAUGAAACUAGCCAUGAUGGCAGCGGUGGAAGCUCGCGAGAUGGGCCAUGGACGCGCUGUAGGCGCUGUGGUUGUGGAUCCCGAAACUGGUGCUGUAAUUGCAGUCGCCGGCGAUGCUCGUUGGUAUUCCCCUAAUCCUGCUCCCAAGCCCAAGAAAGGUCGUCGAGGCACACGUGGUGAAGGCCGCCCUGAAUACCAUGCUGUCAUGCGUGCCAUUGCGAUGGUGGCAAACAAGGAAUUACGCAGACGCAUUGCAGCUGGUGGUCACAAGAAGUUUCUCAGCACUUACCGCGAAACACCUUCUGGUCAGGCUCUCACCGCCAUCGAGGCUCGCUACGAGGAUGACGGCAAAGUUCUCGAGGAUCUCACCAACAAAGUUGGCAAUAUUGCCAUAGGAGAAACCCAUGAUAAUGUGCUUCCAGAAAAGCAAUCGGGACCGCAAAAAGAAGGCUAUCUCUGCAGUGGACUGGACAUAUAUCUGACACAUGAGCCCUGCGUCUGCUGUGGGAUGGGCAUGAUCCACUCACGAUUCCGGGCAUGUGUUUUGGGUCGACAAAUGCCUGGCAGCGGUGGCCUGUCUGCGGAAAGAGGUGGCAUUCAUUUGAGCUAUGGUCUGUUCUGGCGUCGCGAACUCAACUGGCGAGUCAUGACAUUCCGACACACCGAGGCGGCGUCGUGGGAUGGUGAAGGUCGAACGGAUAAAGAAAUAUUCCAUGCUUAG